AUGGGUUACUCAGCCUAUGCUCGACUCCCUUCGCCAAGUCUUAAUAACUUGCCAAGGCUCACCAAUCUUGAAAAACUUGCCAAGAAUCAAUCAACGAUACGGGAUUGCGCCUACGAGCAUCCUCGAUUCCACCUUGACUUUCCAUCAUUUCCUUAUUUUCCGGUUGACGGGAAAAUGGGUCUCAGGGUGAGCGAUGCAGACGAAGAAGAUGUCGAUAGCAUGGACUCUUUGCUGCUCGUAGACGAAAAGCAAUUUUCGCACCCCAAAAGAUCAAGACGUUGCAAUAUACAAAGUGACGCGAGUUUAGUCAUUAUAGGUGUUUGUCUUGGUUUCAUUCUCACAGGUUCGAUCUACUUAAUGAUCAGUUUCGGAAAACAAAGCCACCCACGGCUGGCACUCAUUAGCGUCCAGUUCUCUAAGAACGACGAUUUUCAAAAUAUAUCCCACAGUCACGAUCAAAAUUGGGAAAACCUACUAACCGAAAAUAACGGUUUCUUCUUCGAGAAAAAUCGGAAAACCGGCCAAAUGGAAGCUUUUGGCAUUUCCAUGUUUCAUCAGCUGCAUUGCCUCACGAUACUUCGUACUGGUCUGCAAAAGCAGACCCUCGCUAAUGAGCUAGCGCAUCAGACGACCGAGGCUCACGAGAGCCGAAAUGACCGAUAUAGCGCCGCAGAGUUGCCUCAUCUGCUACACUGCAUGGACUACCUUCGACAGGUACGUAGGCUCGUUAUUCUUUGA